AUGACUUCCAAAUUUAUGGAUAAGCUCAAAGAAACUCUCGGCAGCGACAGUCGACCACAGAUUCCUCUUGUUCAGCCCGAAUCUGCAUCCCCCCGUGAGAUUCCAUCACGACCACGAAUCAAGGGAUCAUUAUCCCCUCGCCCAAGCAACGCCACCCUCAGCCCCCCCUCGAACCACAAUGUCCUCGAUGCAGCGCAUUCACCUCCCUCGGUGUUUAGCCAAUAUCUCGGCCCUCCUACCAUUGAGCACAAAUAUCCCCAGGACAGCACGUGGAGGAGACACUCGAUCAGUGCUCAGGAACAACAUUACAUGAGAUGA